GCCAGGCGAGGCAGGCGGGCGGGCGCGGCCGCAAGUGCCCUCCCGUCCAGUUCCCGUUCCGGGCCGGGGCGCAAGGCUGCACCCGCCCAGCGCUUCCCGCAGCUGCUGGUGCUGUGAGCUCCCCGGCGCUCCCGGGUCUACGCGCCUCCGGUCCCCGGGCUCGCCGCUCCCGGGUCUCCGCGCUCUCCCGGCUCGCGGCUUCCUGGUCUCCGCGCUCCUCCGGCUCGCCGCUCCCGGGUUUCCGCGCUCUCCUGGCUGGUGGCUCCCGGGCCCCGGCGCUCCCCUGCGCACCUGGCUCUCGCCCCGGUUCCCAGCUGUUGUGAAGUCUCUACACGUGGAACCCAAUCAAAUGCUGGACCUCAAGGAUGAAUGGGGCGGAAGUCCUGGGCUCAUCUGCCUUCUCCAUCAUGGUCUGUGCCUGCAGCGUGACCCGCGCUGCCCUAACCACCGCGUGUGUAUGAACUCAUCGAACCCUCGCGGCGAUCUUAGGAGGUUCCAGAAAGAAGUUGGAAAUCGAAGAUUUAAGGAGAGAAUGUUGUUCUAAAAUAUUCUGACUUACUUCAAAGAAUAAGGCCAGAAACUUAAAAAGGUGCAUCACGGAGAGAGAGGCGGGCGCCCUGGAUCCUGAUUGCCCUUCUGCCAGGAAGAUACGUGUAGCCAAAGAUGAAUUUGGGCAAAGUAGCUGCUUGCUCCUUUAGCCAUGGAAAAGCAGGGCCACGGUGAGAUGGGAAUCAUUCCAUCAGAGUCUCACUCCCACGUUAAGUUGUUGAAAAUCAACCGGGAACUUCUGGUCACUCACAUUCGCAACACCCAGUGUCUGGUGGACAACUUGCUGAAGAAUGACUACUUCUCUUCUGAAGAUGCGGAGAUCGUGUGUGCCUGCCCCACACAGCCUGACAAGGUUCGCAAAAUUCUGGACCUGGUACAGAGCAAGGGCGAGGAAGUGUCCGAGUUCUUCCUCUACGUGCUCCAGCAACUUGCAGAUGCUUACGUGGAUCUCAGGCCUUGGCUGUUGGAGACUGGCUUCUCCCCCUCCGAGCUCAUUCAGAGCAGAGUUGUCGUCAACACUGACCCAGUGAGCAGGUACACCCAGAAGCUGCGACAGCAACUGGGCCUCGACUCCAAGUUCAUCCUGUGCUAUGCCCAGAAGGAGGAGCUGUUGCUGGAGGAGAUGUACACGGACACCAUCGUGGAGCUGGUGGGCUUCAGGAACGAGAGCCUGGGCCUGCUGGGCAGCCUGGCCUGCCUGCUGGACCACUCCACCGGCGUCCUCAGCGAGCAGGGCGAGACCAUCUUCAUCUUCGGGGACGCCGGCGUGGGCAAGUCCAUGCUACUUCAGCGGCUGCAGGGCCUGUGGGCCGCAGGGCUGCUGGACGCGGAGUUCAAGUUCUUCUUCCACUUCCGCUGCCGCGUGUUCAGCUGCUUCAAGGAGGACGACGCGCUGUGCCUGCAGGACCUGCUCUUUAAGCAUUACUGCUACCCGGAGCAGGACCCGGAUGAGGUGUUCGCCUUCCUGCUGCGCUUCCCCCACACGGCCCUCUUCACCUUCGACGGCCUGGACGAGCUGCACUCGGACUUCGACCUGAGCAGCGUGCCUGACACCUCCUCCCCCUGGGAGCCCGCCCACCCCCUGGCCCUGCUGGCCAACCUGCUCAGCGGGAAGCUGCUCAAGGGCGCCGCCAAGCUGCUCACGGCCCGCACGGGCAUCGAGAUCCCGCGCCAGCUCCUCCGCAAGAAGGUGUUUCUGCGGGGCUUCUCGCCCAGCCAGCUGCGGGCCUACACCCAGAGGGUGUUCCCCGAGCCCGCCGUGCGGGACCGCCUGCUGGCCCACCUGGAGGCCAACCCCAACCUCUGCAGCCUGUGCGCCGUGCCCCUCUUCUGCUGGAUCGUCUUCCGCUGCUUCCAGCACUUCCACAGUCUUGUGGACAUCUCCACGCAGCUGCCUGACUGCACGGUGACCCUGACCGACGUCUUCCUGCUGAUCACCGAGGUCCACCUGAACAGGACGCAGCCCACCAGCCUGGUCCAGCGGAACACGCGCAGCCGGACGGAGACCUUCCGCGCCGGCGGCGCCGCCUUGCGCUCCCUGGGGCGGGUGGCCCACCAGGGCAUGGAGAAGAACCUCUUUGUCUUUGGCCAGGAGGACGUGCGGGCCGCCGAGGUGCAGGACGGAGAGCUGCAGCUGGGCUUCCUGCGGGCCGUGCCAGAGCAGGGCCUCGGGGGUGACCAGCAGGCCUAUGAGUUUUUCCACGUCACCCUCCAGGCCUUCUUUACCGCCUUCUUUCUCGUGGCGGACGACCAGGUAGGCACGCAGCAGCUGCUCAGGUUCUUCCGGGAGUGUGGGCUUCCUGGCGAGGCGGCUGUGGAGUCCUGCUACCCCUCCUUUCUCCCUGUGCGGUGUCUGAGGGGCCCCGGCCUGGCCGGGGAGGACCUCUUCAAGAACAAGGAUCACUUCCAGUUCACCAACCUCUUCCUGUGCGGGCUGUUGUCCAAGGCCAAGCAGAAACUCCUGCGGCACCUGGUGCCCGCCGCGGUCCUGCGGAGAAAGCGCAAGGCCCUGUGGGCGCACCUGUUUGCCAGCGUGCGGGCCCACCUGAAGAGCCUGCCCCGGCUCCAGUACGAGGGCUACAACCAGGUGCAGGCCAUGCCCACCUUCAUCUGGAUGCUGCGCUGCAUCUACGAGACGCAGAGCGAGAAGGUGGGGCGGCUGGCGGCCAAGGGCAUCUGUGCGAACUACCUCAAGCUGACCUACUGCAACGCCUGCUCGGCCGACUGCAGCGCCCUCUCGUUCGUCCUGCGCCACCUCCGCAAGCGGCUCGCCCUGGACCUGGACAACAACAACCUCAACGACUAUGGCGUGCGGGAGCUGCAGCCCUGCUUUAGCCGUCUCUCCGUCAUCAGACUCAGCGUAAACCAGAUCACUGACAGCGGGGUAAAGGUGUUAUGUGAAGAGCUGACCAAAUACAAAAUUCUGACGUUUUUAGGCCUGUAUAACAACCAGAUCACCGAUGUCGGAGCCCGGUACAUCGCCAGAAUCCUGGACGAGUGCAAGGGCCUCACGCACUUGAAACUGGGGGAGAACAAAAUAACGAGUGAAGGAGGAAAGUGUCUCGCCCUGGCUGUGAAGAACAGCAAGUCCAUCUUUGAAGUUGGGAUGUGGGGCAACAGAAUCGGUGACGAAGGAGCAAAGGCCUUUGCAGAGGCUCUGAGGAACCACCCCAGCCUGACCAACCUGAGUCUUGCAUUCAACGGCAUCUCUACGGAGGGUGGAAAGAGCCUCGCCCAGGCCCUGCAGUGGAACACCUCUCUGAGAAUAUUCUGGCUCACCAAAAAUGAACUCGAUGAUGAAGUGGCAGAGAGCUUGGCAGAGAUGCUGAAAGUCAACCAGACGUUGAAACAUUUAUGGCUUAUCCAGAACCAGAUCACGGCCAAGGGGAUUGCCCAGCUGGCAGACGCAUUACAGAGGAACACUGGCAUAAUGGAGAUUUGCCUAAAUGGAAACUUGAUAAAGCCAGAGGAGGCCAAAGUCUUCCAAGACGAGAAGCGGAUCGUCUGCUUCUGAGAGGCCACUGCUGUGCACGGGGUGUGGGCCCCAGGCGGCCCGUUAGCAGAGCCAGCCGCCCCGUGCAUUCGUCCCUCUCGGAGUCUCAGGGGACCCUGCUGCCUUGGUGACGGGCACGAGCGUCCCUGAGCAGCUGUUACAAUUUUGCAGGGCGUGAGUGUGCCUGGCGGGCCGUCUUACUUACUGUAAAUACACUAUGAAGAGACGUAACACACGUGUAGGGUUAUUUUUAUCGGACAUUAGAGGAAGAAGACUGAGCUCAAAUGCCUGCCCUGAGGACCCCGGAAAUGAGUUGGUCACGCUGUUUUCGUGGAAGAAUUGAGGACAUGGUAUAGAGUUAGUGCCAAACUUCUUGGACAAAAGGUGCUCGACGACCAAGUGUUUUACCUGGAAUAGUCUCUUCCUCCUCCGUACUCCCCGACAGGUUGACGGUCUGCUCACUUCACCGCUGUAGAUACUAGGUCUGUGCAGUGUUGCGAUUUGAUCCACCCAAGGUUUUGCCAAGACAAGGGCUCCUCCUAGGCUUUUGUUUUAGUCCUAGAGUCUCACUCUGCUGACAGAGAUCGCCGGGUGCCCUCUUAGCAGAUCUAAGAGAAAAGAGUGGUGUCCUCGUAACGUUGAGUUUCCGCUCAGGGCUUUCUCACGCUGGGCUCACCUCCUCCGGAAGGCGGAUGGGGGCGGGCACAAGUGCUCUGCCCUAGGAAGAAGAACCUGUGCCCCUCCUCCAAAAGGAAUAAGGCCUGGCUUGCCUUUGUGGCCCUGGCCUCCAAGCAGAAGCUUCUGUCUCUCUCUCGCCCUCUUGAGGAGGGGAGUUUUCUCCUUGCCCCAAAGUCCUUGGGAGGAUGACUGAACUAGGCCGAGGGGGCUGCUGAGAACCCAGCUAGCAGAGCAGGUUAGACACCGACCAUCAUGGCGGCCACAUGCUGGACGUUAAAUGGGAGUGGGGGGGGGCAGUGAGAUUACCAGAGAAAUUGUUCUUCUACCAAUUUAUUUGUUAAUAAAAUAUUGAAAACACUC